UUGCCUUUUUUAAAAUCACAUAUAAAGCCAAUUUCAUCAAAGUUAACUUUAAUCUCCAGGUAAACUAUAUCUCUGUCUUCUUUUAAGAACAUAUCUGAAAAGAGAUAGUAGUAUAAAGAUAUAGUAUAUAAGUAUAUAUAGUUUAAGGUAACCGACGUGAAAUUGACCCUUAUUGGAAUUUAUUAUUCUGUUGCUAUGAUACCUAUUGCUGUCGCGACUUGGCUGAAAGUUUCAACUUCAGGUCAUUCGAAGUGGCAAACUUCGCUUUAAGAAUAAUCAUGUCGUGUAAAGGUGAUCAUUUUCGACGAGAAGCAAAAAUGAAUACAGAUAAUCAAAUAAAUUACGAUGAUCCCCAAUUUGUCAAAGUACUAAAAACCUGUUUGAAAAUGGAAAUUAAGGAAGCCAAGGAAAAGCUGGAUGCUAUUAUGAAGGAUAUAAAACAAAAAAAAGAAGUGACACGCACUGAACUCAAUAAAAGAAGACAGCUGAAAGCCAGGAUAGCGAUGCUGGAGAAGAUUAACAUAACAUUGAAUGAGUCUUUAACAAGAUUAAACGAAAACGUUGCCGAAAUCUCGGAGAUUAUUGAACUGACGAAAGUAAAUAUGGAUGAUCAAUCCAAACUGAAUCAAAUAAGAACGCAAGAGUAUGAAGAUCUUGUUGCCGAGUACGAGGAAGCAUGGCAUACUUACCGGAAUAUGUACGAGGAAUUUCCGUUGGCAAAAACCAGAAAUACUCUCAAGAUCAAUUUGGAGAGACUCAAAAUAGAAUACAUGAUUAUGGAAUAUAAAAUAAAAGAAAUAAUCAAGAUUACUAAGCAGAGAGAACAUAUUAACUGGAUCCGCACACGUUCUAAGAUAAUUGAAUUCGCUGCCGCGAUGGUGGAACGGGCGAAUUUGGAUGAAAAGUUAACGAGCUUGAAAGCAGAUGUGGACCGAUGUGAAAAAGAAUUACAAUCGGUAGAAAUAGAGCUGCAAGUAUAUCGUAAUAAAGAAGAAGAUCAGAGAAAAUUGAGAAAACAAAAAGUACUUGACAUGGGACCGCCGAAGAUUAAUCAUGUACCAUAUCGAGAAAUGUACUCUUCAAAUCAGAUACAUCCGAAAAUGCGGCAUCAGUGGGCUCACGAAGUUCUCGAUGAUAAUAUAUCCGUUAAUACCUUGAUCUUAGAAGAAUUAUGUAUAAACGAGAAUACUGUAACGUUGCCUGAAAUAAUAGAUGUAGAAACGAUUCACGACAAUGAUUCGAAACGUACUGCAGUCCAAGUGGAAGAAACUAAUACAAAAAAUACUAUCGUUACUGAAAAAAUUGAGACAAACGUCAUUUCAGUACCACUAAAUGCAGAGGCAAGAGUUGAAAAAAUGGAUAAUGACGUAUAUAUGGUAAUCGACGACGAUACAAAUAUAAAAGAUAUCAAUCAGGAAGAGGAAAUACAGAUAUUACAAGAAUCUAUUAAAGUACGACCGAGUAACUAUAUAAAAAAAAACCCAGUCAAGCAUAGCGCUCCCACGAAUGCACAAGAUGAAAUUCAAGCAAAAAGAAUUCGAUUUCAAAUAGAGAAUAGUAAUGACAGCAGCAGUAAAAUAAUUACUCCUCAGCCCAUGGAUAUUGUGAAAGAAGUGAAUUCAAAAUCAUCAAUGUCUGUUCCAAAGAUUGUAAACGUAGAAACGGUGAAUUACAAUAUUGUACCGAUAUCGACAUCUGUUCAUCGUCCAAGAAGUCCAAGUAUCAUCUCGAAUAAUAUGUUUUCUUCGAUGCAUUCUCUCGAAUGCUGCGACAGCAUAAGUUCCUUCGAAUUCAUGUCAAAAGGUGCUUUAUCACACGAGGGAUCGUUGUGUAAUUAUAAAUUAUCUCCGACUUCUGACAUAUCAGCCAUAUCAAACAUAUAUGCCAACAAGGAUAUACAGAUUUCUCCUCCAAAAUGCACUGUGCAACAAAAUAAUAAAAAUCAGUCCAACGACAAUACAUCACCAUUCACAUUUAAUAACUUAAAAAAGAUGAAAGAUAAAAACUUUACUUUAUUUUGAAGGAAAAAAGAAAAAAGAGAAAAUUAUUAAUUAUUCAAUAUCAUUUUGAAUAUGUAAUUCAAUAUCAUUUCACAUAUUUGUUAAAAAAAU